AUGAUUAUUUCCCAACAACCUUCUAAAACAUAUAAAAACCAAGAAAAUAGUUUAAAAGAUACAUUUAGUACCAUGUCUUUUCCUAAAAAAAAUAAUACUUACAAACAGAGCAAUAAUAAAAGAUCAAAUGUAAUAAAAGAUUACUCCAGAGUCGAGAAAUUUCUAAAUCCAACAAAUAUACCGCCUCAGAUAGAAGAUGAGAUAUUAAACCUUUAUUUAGAAUUUAGUCUGGAGUCAGACAUGUUAUUAAAAGAUCUUUCUUCAUUUUUUGAAUGCUUAUCUUUACCAGCAGUACUUUAUAACAAAAUUAAUUACCAAAAUGAACUAUGCAUUGAAAACACACAAGUAGUUGAUUUUAAUAGAUUAUUGCAAGUAACUUAUCAUUUGUUAAUAUAUGUAGAUAAUGAACCCUUGAUAAUGCAAUAUUGGAAAUUAUUAGUCGAUUAUUCUCAGAGGAAGGAGCAGCCUUCUAGAUUUGCUGAAAUUGAAUAUAAAAACCAAAUUUUAGGCAUUAAAGAAUUACAAAAAAUAAAUGAAUCAAUAAACGCUCACAGCAUUACUAACGAUGAGGACACAAAUAAUCAAGAGCCUCAAAUUUUGAUUAAAAUGCUACAAUGUGCAACAAGAGGUAAAAGGUCAUUCAUAACGUAUAUCGACUUUGCAAAUUUAUUAGGUAGAAUUGGGCUAUUAAGAAUGUUGGAAUAA